UUUUGUUCGCCUUUUGAGUCUUGAAUAGUUGAAUACCUCCCUCCCUUACCUUAUUAGGAUCAGUGUAAAAGGAGAUGCAGUGUUGAAAAUACUGUUCCCACAGGAGUUGCUCUUAGCCUAGAGGUGUGAUCGAAGUUUACUGGAUCUGGGUGAGGAACUUAUUUUGUCGAAGAAAAGCAGAAAAAUGAAAUUUGGCGGGAGUCAACCAACUGGAACACCAUCACUUGCAAUGUCGACUGUUGUGAUUGUUGCAUCGCUUCUUGCUGGUGCAUCUGUAGUUCACAACAUCUACAAGCCUGAUCUUACAUUGCCACCGAUGGAGAAGGAUGAUGAUGACAAAAUGAAGACUAAGAAUACUAAUACUCCAGGUCAACCCAAGAAAGAUUAACACAAUGAAAAUCUGUUUCCGGGGAAUGCAUAUUGGAAGAACUCGCAUUUCAAGGACUCUCUAAAACCUCAGCUUGUUUUCAUUAUGGUUUAGAUGUUAGGAGUACUUGGGAAUUCUAUUGUGUUUCAGAUCUUUUAAUUGAGUUUCGGUUAGUUAUUCCAUUUCAUGUUUUAUUAGCUUAUUAAUUCAUAUGUUAGUUGGGAAAUUCUUGCCAUGGUAACCCAGCGGCUAA